AUGGCUUCCAAGAAUCCCUUCUGGUCAUUCGGCACUCCUCUAGGAGUACAGCCGCCGCACGCAAUUUUCGGCCGACCGAGAGAAAGACAAUCGCAGAUUUACCAUACAUGCCUGCCAUCUAGCGAGGAUGUCACCAGCUACACCCACGCGACACCGGACUCGGCAUGGUCGCAGGCAUCUUUUCAGGCGUCGACAUUUGCCUACGACACUUCAAAGGGUGAAAAAGUGACUGUUCUAGAUGACACGUCUUCUGGCCAAGCCCGCAAUUGGCCCUUGACCCAGAAGUACUAUUCCACUUCGCCGACAGACCACGAUCUUGGAUGCCUGAAGCGGACACUAUGGAAGACGAUCCUUUUGCCGACCUCGAUCAUCAUCCUGCCGAUGGCUUGCCUUGUCACAGGGCUAUUGGCCUUAAUCUUCGGCUACAGAGUCAGAUCCGAGGCGAGCCUCUUCGAGGAAGUCUCCAACUCUCACACCUUGAACAAUCAUGCUGUCGUGCUGGUGAACUAUUCGGCAACGCGAAUAGCAUUCGUCGCUUCCUGGGCGUCGACACUUGCGCCUUUGCUGGCUGGCUUCAUCAUGAGCCUCACAAGCUUUCAGUACGCACUCAUAAUGUGGCAAUCCUCGAGCGGCGACCAGCAACAAGACCUCCCGACGCCAUACCAGUAUAGCAUUCUCGUCGGGCUUUGUUUAGCAUCGACGGGCAGGUUGGGGAGGUAUCUUUCCUACUCCCGAGAAGAUGGCGUCGUUGUUCCACCAGUCCUCCGUCGUGCCGCACGCACUCUGGCCUUGACGUUGCUCUUGGCCUGCAUUGUCUUCGGUGCCGAUACUGCCCUGCAUUACACGACCUCGACCAUCAAUUUCGACCAAGUGACCGUCUCUCGGGAGAGCCACGCAUACGGAUAUGAAUUGUCGUCACAAUGUCUUGCACUAAAUCGUACGGAGAACUUUGGACUGCCGUGCACCCGGAACGGUGUCAUCGGCGCCACGGACUAUGAUGCGUACGUGGCAGGCCAGAACGAGAUCUUCUACCUCCAACGGGGCACCUCCAAUUUGAGCGAGAUUCGCCUCGUUGGCGCGCCCCCCUCCCUGCCAUCGAACACCACUUCCGCCGGCGCCGCGAAGGUCGCGCUCUUAACACCCCAGAGCGCGAACCUGUCUCCCUUCCGCGACUUCCAAGCCCAUACUGCGGGCGUUAUAACAACGUGCGAGCCCAUCAGUUCCCAGUGCACUUGGAUCUCUGAAGGCCCGGGCCAAUACUGGAGCUCGUUCAACUGCAGCGAAAACUUCUGGGGCGUAUUGGGCAAAGCCCCCAACCUCACUGACAAAGGUAUGCUCGGCGACGACAGCUCCAUCCCCCCGCUCGGCUUCAAACCCGGAGCCGCGCUUCAGUACUCUUUCUUUAUGGACAAAGAACUGGUCAUCCCCUACGAUUCACAUGGCAACCUUGGCCCAUUCAUGUCUGAUGCCCAACUCAUCAACCCUGUGUACCUGGGCGUGGCGGCCCGAUUUCAGGACACAGCCCAGCGUGCCGGCGUCGACAUGUCCUCCGACCCGGGCAUUUAUCGCGGCCCGACUCGCUACCUGGAUUUCACGCUCCGCUGCCGCUACACGACCUACCUCGUCGACUAUGCCUGGGUGAAUUCGACUGCCAAGGUCCGCACGCUCACGCCGUCGCCCAAUGGCACCAUGGCGGAGAUGUUCCACGGCUACAACAUCGUUGGCGCAAGUGACAGCUUCGACAACGACCUGCAGGAUUUCAUCCUCGAGGCCGCGCUGCAACCCACCGCACAGGCGUUGGCCGACAGUUUCGCCAACAGCUACUCCUCACGCAUCAUGUCCGUCAUCGGACCGUUUCUCUCCGGCCGGGCAAAUGUGCAGGAACAAAUGCGCACGCCGCUGCUGGUGGCCAAGGUGCCCAAGAUUCCACUCGCCAUCCUGGUCGCAGGGUGUUGCUGCUACAUUGUCUUUGGGUGCGUCUGUGCCGUGAUCGCGUACCGCGCUCUGAGGACGGUGGAUGUGCGGGAUCUCGCGUUUCGAUUCUCGCUACCCGCGUUGGGGCUGCACGCUUUUAGGGACGUCAGCGUGGAAAGAGGGGCCGUGGACGUGGACGUGGGUGGGAGGGCACAGGACAGCCAUCGAGUGUUUGAUGAGACCAAGAUUAGGGGCGAGACCAUGAGAGUGGCGGUCGAGGGGAAUCCGAGGAGUGGGUUUGUUCUGAAGAGUCUGGUUUAA